AUGCUCAAGGCCGCACGUGUUAGCUCGGGUCGAAAGCCAAGUGGGCCGCGGCGUGCAGAGGCGUCCUCAGGUUUGGGGGGGGGGGCGCUUGUUUUGAAACUCAAGAACGUGGCGGCCGUGGUGGAGACGGAAACACGAGCUCCCGCCGCUAACGCCGCUAAUGUUGUGUUGGGAGACGAGAUGUGGGCCGCUCGCCAUCAGCUGCUGGACCCCAGAAGUAAACAGGAGCUGGCAUUAUCUCAGCUGGGAGCAUCUCGAGUCGUGACCAGGGGGGGAGGGAGGAUGAGGGAGGGAGGAUGGGUGAGGGAGGAUGGGGGAAGGAGGGGGGGAGAGGAUGAGGGAGGGAGGGGGGGGGGAGGAGGGGGGGGGGAGCUGCUGUCAUAA